AUGUACUCAUUUGGUACAUCUCAGAAUGAUUUUUCUCUACCGGCAUUAGAUGAUUAUUCUCAUGGUCCGAUUGCUAUUGGAGUCGGUUGUUUUCCUUUUGGCCGACAAAGUCACCAGUCAGUAUAUAUUUCAACAAAUGCUGUUAUCUCAUUUGAUCGGCCUUUUUUGAGUCCCUACUCACGAGUAUUUCCAGGUUUUACAUAUACGUCAAUUGUGGCACCUUUCUGGUCUGAUGUUGAUAUUCGUCGAGAUGGAAUGAUAUUUUAUAAUGUUUAUGAGGCAUCAUUUUCUACUUAUAUUGAAAGAGCUACCAAAGAUGUACGUGACUUCACUGGAGACAAUUUCUUUACAGCACAAUGGGUGUUGGUUGCCACUUGGUAUCAAGUGCCAAAUUAUCCUGACGGCUCUGGUUCAUAUUCAGAUUCACUUUCAGAUAGGCGCAACACAUACCAAGUCGUACUUGCCACUGAUGGUAAGCAGACGUUUUCCUUGUUUAACUAUCCUAGCGAUGGUCUGCAGUGGUCAGGUCGUGGCACCGCAGCUGUAGUUGGCUACACGUCCUAUGAUGCUAGUGUAUUUUACAGUCAGUACUUGUCUGGAUUUGAUGAAGUUAUCAACCUUGUGUCUCAUCGUUCAGAUAGUGGACAAGUGGGACAGCUGCUUUAUCAAGUCAGUGAAGAUACCAACGUUUGUACUAGCAAUUCUGUUUGCCUCAAUUGGUACUUUGAUGAUAUCGAUCGUGAAGGAGUGUCUCCAAUUUGGUAUUUUUCUCUUCCACCAUGUCCUUGUUCGUUAGUUCAGGCUGCAAGCGAUUGGGCGUACCAAUGGUAUCGGUCAACUUCGACAUCUGUUUGUUACGUGUCAUCGUUCCCAUCACCAUUGUAUGAUUCUCAAGUUCAGUGCUGUUAUAGCUUACCAGAAUUUGGAUUUUUUGAUGGAUUUCUUCUAAACAAUCUCCCACAAGGUGGUACUGCCAAUCGCUAUCAUGCAUCACGUUUCUCACUAUUUCAUAGCAACUUUGAUAUUCAACCUUAUGAAGAUUGCUGUAUCAAGACUGACCUUUGCAAUUUGUAUUAUCUGCGUCGUCCCUCUCAGUCAUGUUUUGGUUACUUUCCACCAUUUUGGGCUUGGACCUGGGGAGACCCACAUAUUAGUACAUUGGAUGGGAAACAGUACACAUUCAAUGGUGUUGGUGAAUACAUUCUAAUGAAGACUGUAAACGAAACAUUUGUGUUGGAAGGUCGAACACGUCUGGUAGAGAACUCGAGUGCUACUGUGUUCUCUGCAUUUGCUGCAGCUGAGUUUAUAGCAAGUACUGAUUUUAGUCGGUCGCUGUUAAAGUCAAGCAUCAUUCAUACCGAGUUGAUGAACAAUAAUACUCUUCGUGUGAAGGCUUGUUGCUACAGUUUAGAAGACACUUCUGUUUCCAGUGACUCUACAUUGAAGAGAAGUUCUUGGCGUGAAUUUACUCGGGAAUUUGCUGGUCUUGAUAAUGUCACUCGAUUGAGAUUGGAUAACAUGGUAUUGGCUCGUCCAGCUGAUAAGAAAUUAGUGGCUGCUUUCUCUUCCGGAAUAUCAGUGACUGUGGAGGUAAAGAAAGCGUUAUUGACUGUGGUCUUUGCAGCUCCCAACACUUUUAUGGGAAAUACAAGAGGUUUACUGGGUGUGUGGGACGAUGACAAGUCGAAUGACUUGACAGCACGAAAUGGCACAGUCAUAUCCAUCAAUUCAACUGAUCGUGAAAUCCACCGUCUCUCACAGACAUGGCAAGUAUUUCAAAACGAAUCUUUAUUCUACUAUGACGAUGGGAAUGAUGUGACUACCUUCUCUGAUCCUAAUCACAUUCCAGUUUUUCCAGAUGAAGCUGUCAGCCGCUACACAGGUGAACAAAGAACUGCAUGCAAUGAUGAUCCUCAAUGUCUAUUCGACACAUUUGAAACAAAUGAUCCAGAAAUAGGACAAGAAACUCUUGUUACUAAUGCACAGCUAAUUGAACAGUCUACUGCUCUGAUGAACUUUCCUCCCGUUCUAAAUGGUAGUCAUGUCUUAAAUGCUACUCUUGGUCAGACCGUGAGAUAUGUAUUCGUUGGAUCAGACAGCGAUGCUUUCAAUGUGACAGUAGAAGGUAUUCCUCCUCCAUUGGCUGAUUAUACUUUUGCAAGAAAUGGGGAUGAGUUCGUGUUUAUUUGGACACCCACAUCAUCUGGUAUUGUGAGUCUUCUGUUUAUUGCUAAUGAUACGACUGGUUCGAGCAGUCAGCUUCAGCCACUCAUUCGUCUGUGUGCAUGUCGGUUGGAAAAAAAUGCAGUAUGUAAAAUGGCAGAUGGAGAUGGAGGAGAGGAGCAGUUUAUUCUUGAACGGUGCGAAUGUGGUAGUGGUUGGGAAGGAAGAUUUUGUAGUGUGGAUAUUGAUGCUUGUUUAACAUCAAACUGUCCAGAAGGUACUAGCUGUACUGAUCGAUCUGCACCAGACACUGGUUUUGAUUGUGGAUCGUGUUCUGCUGGACUUGAGCUGGUGGCAGGCAAAUGUGAAGAUAUUGAUGAAUGCAACAAUGCAACACUGAACGGCUGUCAUCAAGUGUGUAGUAAUCAAAUGCCAUUUUAUAAGUGUGAGUGCUUUCACGGAUUUAGGCUGGAUGAUGAUGAUACCAGCUGUUCAGACAUAGAUGAAUGUAUAGAGGGUGUCCCUUGCCACCUAGUGUGUAACAACAUACCAGGGUCUUACUGGUGCAGCUGUGACAGUGGAUUUUGGCUGGAUAGUGACAACAUUACUUGCAUACCACAAGAAGUUUGUAGUGAGAAAGUUACAGUAUGUGAGCAUGUUUGCUCUCGAAAUGCUAGUAACAAUAUCGAGACAUGCAGCUGCAAUAAAGGUUACCAGCUUGACAUGAAUGCUUUCAACUGCUCUGAUAUCAACGAGUGCAAUGAAAAGAAAGACAAUUGUGAACAGCUGUGUGUGAACACGAAUGGGUCAUUUAGCUGUGAAUGUCGUGAUGGAUAUAGAUUGCAUUCUGAUGGUCACACAUGUAGAGACAUUAACGAGUGUGUAGAGGAUCCCACGACAUGUAACAUUAUCGGACAAAAUUGUGCUAACUUACCUGGCACUUUUAACUGCUCCUGUCCUUUGGGCACAGAGGUUAUCAGUGGUGUCUGCAGAUUGGCUGAUGACUGUGCAUCCAACCCAUGUCUAAAUGAUGGAGAGUGUCGUGAUGGUUUAAGUAUGUUUACAUGUUUGUGUUCAUCAGGCUACAUGGGGACUGUUUGUGGUCAAGAGGUGAACGAGUGUGACUCAGAUCCUUGCCAGAAUAAUGGUAUUUGUACGGACAGAUUUGACAGGUAUGAAUGUGAAUGUAUCCCUGGUUAUGAAGGACUGUCUUGUGAAAGAACAACAAAUGAAUGUAACUCGAUGCCAUGCCACAAUGGGGCAGAAUGUCAUGACCUUCACCUGAGUUAUAGUUGUCAAUGCAUAGUAGGAUUUACUGGAGAUUUAUGUGAAACAAAGAUUAACAGAUGUGAGUCAAGUCCAUGCCAACACGGUGGUACUUGCAUGGAUGUGCUUGCUGGGUAUACAUGCAACUGCAGUGGAGGUUACAGUGGAGCAGACUGCGAGAUUGAUAUCAAUGAGUGUUUGAUCAAUCCAUGUCUGAAUGGCGGUGUUUGUUCAGAUCUUGUCAAUGGGUUUGUUUGCACUUGUGCUGGUGAAUUCAGUGGAACUUUAUGUGAGAGAGAACCGAAUGUAACUAUUCCUUGUACCAGUAGUUACCUGCCAUCAGACUGUAGUAAUUUUGUUGAGUGUGCCGAGACUGCCUUUCCUUGCGCUCGAUCAUACUUCACAAAACUUCUGCCAUUUUGUAAGCUACAGAGUAGCACUACGACUACCCAAACUUGGACUUCUGCUGCAAGUUCUUGCUUGAUUAAACAAAUUCAGCAAUAUUUGAAACUAUACUAUAUCAGCUUACCAUCACCAUCAGAAUGCACUAAGUUUCAGCAAUUUGUUUUUAGUGCUCAAGAAUCAUGUUUCAAUGUGUCUUUGUGCAGCAAUGUUGUUAACUCUGCUGAUGCUAACAAAGUUUCAGAAGUCUUUGACAUGUAUGACCUUCUGCGUGACAAAAGCAUUGAGCAGAUGCUGCAACUCAUUGAGUCUUGUGCUGGAGACACUGUUGAUGCACUGGCUAGUAGUUUGAAAGAUAGAGGGUUCUAUAUCUGUAUAGAAGUUGAGUUGUCAGAAGAUGUCAAUGAAACAGAUGUUACACUACGCACGCGUGCUCAGCUUCAAGAAACCAUCACUGCACUUAAAGGGGCUCCUAGUGACAUUACCAGUGUUACUAGUGAUGUGUGUUCUUUGUUGUUAUCUUCAGACAGUCGAAAACGUCGUGACAUUGAUGAGAAUACAACAGUAAAGCGAAUUAGACGCAAUGUAGACAAUGCGACGGACUCACCAUCCAUUGUGUAUCCUAUAACCAUUCAAUUAGCAUUUAAGAGCAGUGGAGAAAAUGCUGCAAGUUUGACUGCUUUGUGUGACAGUUCGGCUGAAGUUAUCAAUGCAACAUUAGCAUGCUCUAUGUGCGGUAAUGGUGUAUUAAAUGUGGUUGAUGAAAUUUGUGAUGAUGGAAACGGUAUGUCUGGUGAUGGCUGUUCUAGUGAGUGUAUGAGUGAGGCAGGCUUUGACUGCAACACAAAUGUGGCACCCAAUAUUUGUUACAAGAAGAAUUGUGGUGAUGGUGUUCGUGUGACUGGAGAAGAUUGCGACAAUGAAAACAGUCCUGGUUGUUCAAACUGCUUGAAAGUUCAAGGCUUUACAUGCCAUACUCCUUUUUAUGAAAUGAGUAUAUGUUUCAAUUGUGGUAAUGGAAUAGUUGAAGAGUCAGAGGAGUGUGACAAUGGCUUCAGUGUCGACAUUGAUGGUUGUAGCAACACUUGCUUUGUCGAUCACUUGUGGAAAUGUACUUCUGUGAUUGGAAAAUGGAGUGUUUGUCAACAUACUUCUGUUGACUUUAAUGCUGCAGAUAACAUGACAUUGAAUCCUCCUGAAAUUCAUUUUAACAGUGGAGGUGUCACGUUGUUUAUAGUAAAUGAUGCUAGGCAAUUGGAUAUUGAUGACUUUGGUGACACGGACUGGGAAAGAAUUGAACUUGUUUUGUCUGUUCCUUUAUCUGCCAGCAUCUUCUAUGAGAACGUGGACUACUCUCGCAGUCAGGCAGCAACUCAAGAAAGAAUAUCUUUUUUCAAUUAUGUGGAGUUGGAUAAUGCUAUUAGAGAGGGCAGCACUGUUAACAUUAAGUUGGGAAUGAGGCAGAAAACAAUUACUCGAUUGUCAAAGCCUGCUAAUCUAACGCACGUAUUGCUAUCCUUGAUGUAUAGUCAUGUAGCAUCUGAAUCAGUAUAUGGAGAGUACAGAUAUGUGAAUGUAACAGUUGUGGAUAUUUUCGGCGAAGCAGCCGCUACUGUAACUGUAACUCUCAGAUACAUUGGCAACAAUGAACACUCCCCGGUUGUCAAUAUUGCAACAAAUUUAACAGAAUUACUAGAAGGUGUGGAAGAAGUAUUUGUGACUGGUGGAACUUUAACGUUGACUGAUGUGGACAAUGAUAUCUUUCCAAUAAAGUCAGCAUUUGUAAAGAUUUUGGGAGACAAGGAGACUAUCGUGUAUCAAAGAUUGAAUGCUACUGUAAUAUUUCCAUGGAUUAACGUAACGUAUGAUGAAGUGAAAGGAGAGCUGCAUUUUGUGGGUGAUGCUUCUGAAAUAGAAUAUCAGGCUAUGUUGAACUCUGUCAUCUAUAUCAAUACGUUUGAGGAUAUUGGAGGAUUGCCGUUUGACCACGUUGUUGUGACGUUUGGUGUUUCUGAUGGAGCAAACUCACCAGGCACAGCAGCCGUGAUAAUUCACUUGAUUAAUGUCAACAAUCCUCCUGUUGUAUUAAUCAGUCAGCAGUUGUCUGCAAACAUUUCAUUUAUUGAAGGGGGUGACCCAGCAUCUUUGCCCCACGACUCUGUACAUAUCACUGACAGCGACAACAGCCUUCUUUCUGGAGCCAUCAUUACACUUUUGAACAGCCAGACAGGUGAUGUGAUAUCGGUUAAUACAAAUGAGACUACUAUUGCUGUCAAUGAGUUUACCGAAGCUGGUCAUCGGUAUUUGGAACUGAAUGGUAUUGCUCCUAUUGAGAUGUAUGAGGAAGUAGUGUCAUCUCUCACUUACUCUUUCACGUUACCAAGAUCCAGUGUGUUGAAACACAUGGUGAAAGUUGUUACAUUGAUCGUAUCUGAUGGAACCAACAAUAGUGAUAUAGUGGGAAUCAAUGUGGCUAUCACACCAGUGAAUGAUGGUCCUAUCAUACACUUCAGUCCUGAUGCUGAGUUUCCAUUGGAUUCAGACCGAAAUUAUGCUGUUGGGUUUGCUGAGGAGGACGAACCUGUGAAUUUGAUUCCAAACGCAACAACAAUUUUUGAUGUUGAUAGCACUUAUGCUGGAGGGGCUACCAUACAACUGCAUGGCAUUAUUGACAAAAUGGAGGAGAGAUUGAUAAUCGAUAAGCUGUUGGUUGACAUUCACAAUAUUAGCAUCAAUGUGUCAUCAUUUCAUUCGUCAUUUAAUAUAACGCUUGUUGGGAUUGCCAGCUUUGAAGUUUACAGACAAAUCAUUUUGACGUUGCAGUAUGAAGACAUCAAAGUUGAUGAGCCACAAGAAGGUUCAAGAAUUGUUGUGAUUGUGUUGAAAGAUGAACAGGGUGUAGCAGGAUUACCUGCUUUUGUUACUGUUACGGUGACAAGACGCAAUGAUCCUCCAGAGUUGAGUCUUGGUGUUGGCUUUGGUGAAGAAGAUGUGAUAGAGUUCAGUGAGAUAAAAGAAGGAGAUAAUGGAGCUGGUAUUCAGGUCGUGAGUUUGCCACAUCGUGUUGCCAUUAGAGAUGAGGAGGAAAACACACAGCAACAGUUUAUUCAAAAGAUGAUUAUUCAACUCAGAGCCACGGGUUGUGGAGAGCUUGAUGCAAUGGAGUAUGUUUAUUUAUUGCAGUGUCCAGACACAGGAUUUUUGUGUCAAUUUUCUGAUGAUGGCAAAAGCAUCAGUAUGUCUGUUGAUCAACAGGUGAUGGAUGUAGUCGCUAUUCGAAAGACGUUUCAAGAAGUGUUGAGUUCUGACGUUUUCUACAUCAAUCUUAAGGAUGAGCCAACUUUAUAUUGUGUAAAUCAGACAGAAGAAAACGUAGAGUUUGAUCGAUAUAUUGAUGUGACAAUCAGUGACAGUGGGUCUUCUUCUCUCAACACCACUGUCAGUAUCCGUGUAUUGAUAUCACCCAUUAACGACAAUGCACCACUUUUGUCUCUUGCUGUAUCUGAUGGCUGUGAGGUGUCUCUUGCAGAUGACGAUUAUGCUGCCUUAGCGUAUGGUACACUAGUACAGUCAAUUAAGAAACGUGACGUACCUGAGAGAAGAAACGCUGUUAGACGACAGGCUCCAAGUGUGCUGUAUGUUAAGGCCGUUAACAGUCCCUCGGGCAGCUUACAAUCUGGAUCAUCAUUGUCUAUUUCAUUCUCUCACCAUACCAACAUGCCUUGCGUAUUGAGACCUGCCGAUCUCCGUCGAGUUCUCAUUUUGAAUCCACCUCUUCUUUUGGAUACACCACACAUGGCGUUUUGGCGAGAUCCUCAGACACUGACUAUUCUCUUUCUUGCAAGCAAUGAUGAACCAUUGGCCAUUGCUGACGUUUUAGUUGUAUUCAAUGGUCAGAAAGAAAACUGUGAUGUAAACAGCUUGUGUGAACAUGGUGUAUGCCUUGCUGGUGGCUGGUCAUGUAGCGUCACUGGUUCCUAUGGAGUGCACCAAAAUGCACCAUUGCAUCACUCUGAUACCAACACAGUCAGGAACCACGACACAGUACUCGUGUCAUCCACUAAGGAAGUAUGACAGUCUCAGUCAAAUGAUUGGUAUCUGCUUGUUGUCUUAACGUGCUUUAUCAUAAUUGUUCCUGUCGUUAUUGCUAUUGGAUGCCGUUAGUAAGGUCAGAGUCUGUUUUAUGUGAACAAGGGUUUUCUGUGUAUUGCACUAUUGCAUAGGUAAUUCGAAGUACGUGAGUGAUGGUGGUAUUCACACUUGCGGCCUAGAACUAUAGUACGCUUGAGACUUUGCUUUAUACUAUUGCAUGAAGCAUUUGUACUGUUUUUAGGUAAGAAAGAACAACUGCUGCGCGUUUGCUUUACAGUAAAUUCCUGCUGUUGUAAUUUUCUAGUUAAUAUGUUUAACGUACAGUUUUUUUGUGUGCAAUUUUUUGUUCUCGUCUGCUUUCGCUAUAUGAUGAAUCAUUGA